AUACCUUAAACUGAGCUAUGAUUAAAAAUAGAUUCACAAGUGCUACAGGACAUUUUGCUGCCGUGUGCGGAUCUAACUAAUGUAGAAAUUAUAAAAAAUAAUAAAAUUAGCCCUUCAAUAUGGCUGAAGCCGAAGGGGGUUCCGAACAAGAUGAUGUUUCAUUCUUGCGAACCGAAGAUAUGGUAUGUCUUUCAUGUACUGCGACUGGAGAACGUGUCUGUUUAGCAGCUGAAGGAUUUGGUAACAGACAUUGUUUUUUGGAAAACAUAGCAGACAAGAAUAUACCACCAGAUCUUUCACAAUGUGUAUUUGUAAUCGAACAAGCUUUAUCAGUUCGUGCUUUGCAAGAAUUAGUUACUGCUGCUGGAAACGAAACUGGACAGGAAAAUUUAGGCAAAGGAACUGGAUCAGGACACAGGACUUUAUUGUAUGGAAAUGCUAUUCUUCUAAGGCAUCAGAACAGUGAUAUGUAUUUAGCAUGUUUGUCAACGAGCUCCAGUAACGACAAAUUAGCCUUCGAUGUUGGUUUACAAGAUCACAGCCAUGGAGAGGCUUGUUGGUGGACAGUACAUCCUGCUAGCAAGCAGAGAUCUGAAGGUGAAAAAGUGAGAGUGGGAGACGAUCUGAUUCUGGUUUCAGUGGCUACUGAAAGAUAUUUACACACAACUAAAGAGAAUGAAAUAUCAAUUGUUAACGCAAGUUUCCACGUCACCCAUUGGUCUGUUCAGCCGUAUGGCACAGGAAUAUCCAGGAUGAAAUACGUAGGUUAUGUCUUCGGAGGUGAUGUACUAAGAUUUUUCCAUGGAGGUGACGAAUGCCUCACUAUACCAUCUACUUGGGAUAUGGAACCAGGACAUAAUAUUGUAGUGUAUGAAGGAGGAAGUGUGAUGUCCCAAGCUAGGUCCCUUUGGAGAUUAGAGUUAGCUCGUACAAAAUGGGCUGGUGGUUUUAUAAAUUGGUACCAUCCUAUGAGGAUUCGACAUAUCACAACUGGGAGAUACUUGGCUGUGAAUGAAAACAAUGAAUUGUAUCUUGUCAGUAGAGAUGAAGCAAACACUGCUACAACGGCAUUUUGUUUACGACAAGAGAAAGAUGAUCAAAAAGUUGUUCUAGAAGAUAAGGAUUUAGAGGUUAUUGGUGCACCAAUCAUUAAAUAUGGAGAUUCAACGGUUAUAGUUCAACACUCCGAGUCUGGACUCUGGUUGUCAUACAAGGCAUAUGAAACAAAGAAGAAAGGUGUUGGUAAGGUGGAAGAAAAGCAAGCAGUGCUACAUGAAGAGGGAAAAAUGGAUGACGGCCUUGAUUUUAGUAGAAGUCAAGAGGAGGAAUCACGAACUGCCAGAGUAAUUCGUAAAUGCAGUUCACUUUUCACACAAUUUAUUAAUGGUCUAGAACAACUUCAAAUGAAUCGAAGACAUUCGAUGUUCUUCCAAGUGGUUAAUUUGAAUGAAAUGGUAAUGUGUCUUGAAGACUUGAUCAACUACUUUGCACAACCUGAAGAUGACAUGGAACACGAAGAAAAACAAAAUAAACUUCGUGCUUUGAGGAAUCGACAGGACUUGUUUCAAGAAGAGGGUAUUCUUAAUCUUAUUUUAGAAGCAAUCGACAAAAUCAAUGUAAUUACUUCACAAGGAUUUUUGGCAGCACUUGCUGGGGAUCAGAGCUGGGAAAUGAUUGGAGGGUAUCUCUAUCAGUUAUUAGCCGCCAUCAUCAAAGGCAACCAUACAAACUGUGCCCAAUUUGCUAAUUCAAAUCGUUUGAACUGGUUAUUUUCGAGAUUGGGAUCUCAAGCCUCCAGUGAAGGUACCGGAAUGUUAGAUGUAUUGCACUGUGUACUGAUAGAUUCACCAGAAGCUUUGAAUAUGAUGAGAGAUGAGCAUAUAAAAGUUAUCAUUUCCUUGUUAGAGAAGCAUGGAAGGGAUCCCAAGGUGCUGGAUGUCUUAUGCUCACUUUGUGUUGGUAAUGGGGUAGCUGUACGAAGUUCUCAAAACAAUAUUUGUGAUUUUUUGUUACCUGGUAAAAAUUUACUUCUGCAAACUCAGCUGGUUGAUCAUGUAGCAAGUGUUCGGCCAAAUAUAUUUGUAGGAAGAGUAGAUGGUAGUGCUAUUUACCAAAAGUGGUAUUUUGAGGUAACGGUAGACCAUCUGGAGCAAAGUACACAUAUGGUGCCACAUUUGAGAAUAGGUUGGGCCAACUCUAAAGGUUAUGUGCCGUACCCUGGAGGUGGUGAAAAGUGGGGUGGAAAUGGAGUUGGUGAUGACUUAUACUCUUAUGGAUUUGAUGGUGCAUACUUUUGGACAGGUGGUAGAAGUACUAGAGUUGUAUUCAGCAAUACAGAACCCUUCAUAAGAAAAUCUGAUGUGAUUGGCUGUGCCUUAGACUUGACUAUUCCAAUAAUUAACUUCACUUUUAAUGGAGUCCCAAUCAAGGGAAGCUUCCGAAACUUCAAUUUAGAUGGCAUGUUUUUUCCUGUAAUCAGCUGUUCUUCCAAAUUGAGUAUCAAAAAAUUGAAAUAUCUUCCACCAGAAGACUUUUCUCCUCUUGUAGAGAGUCUUCUUCCUCAGCAAGUUCUCAUGUUGGAACCUUGUUUCUACUUCGGCAAUAUGGCAAAAAAUGUCAUUGCUGGUCCACUAUUUGUAGAAGACGACACAGCUUUUGUACCGAACCCAGUAGAUACUUCCAUGGUUACAUUGGCUGGUUACAUCGAAUCCAUAAGAGAUAAACUAGCAGAGAAUAUUCACGAAAUGUGGGCUAUGAACAAAAUUGAGGCCGGAUGGCAGUGGGGAGAAUUCAGAGAUGAUGUGAGACAUAUUCAUCCAUGCCUGGUACCUUUCGACAAGCUGCCUGCGGCUGAAAAAAGAUAUGAUUCACAGCUCGCAGUUCAAACACUGAAGACAAUCAUCGCUUUGGGAUAUUAUAUUACCAUGGAUAAACCACCAUCCAGAAUAAAAACUAUUCGUUUGCCAAAUGAACCUUUCAUGCAACCCAAUGGCUACAAACCAGCUCCUCUUGAUUUGGGGGCUAUAAGUUUGACAGCUAAACUUGAAGAAUUGGUCGACCAACUAGCUGAAAAUACUCAUAAUCUCUGGGCCAAGGAAAGAAUUCAACAGGGUUGGACCUAUGGUCUCAAUGAAGAUCCUGAUAUGUUUCGAAGCCCCCACUUAGUUCCUUAUGGUAAAGUUGAUGAUGCAAUCAAAAAGGCUAAUAGAGAUACAGCUUCAGAAACAGUAAGAACUUUACUAGUUUAUGGAUAUAACCUAGAUCCUCCUACAGGAGAGCAACAAGAAACACUUCUAGCUGAAGCAAGCAGGUCUAGGCAUUCAGAGUUUAGGACUUAUAGAGCCGAGAAAAACUACGCUGUUAGCGAUGGCAAAUGGUACUUUGAGUUUGAAAUUUUGACAGCUGGACCAAUGAGAGUUGGAUGGGCCAAGGCAGAUUGUGCUGCUGGAUGUAUGCUUGGUUCGGAUGAGAACACUUGGGCAUUUGAUGGAUAUAAUGAAGAGAAAGUUUACAGCAAUUCUGCUGAAUCAUUUGGUAAACAGUGGCAAGUAGGCGAUGUAGUUGGGGUUUUUCUUGACCUUAUCGAUCAUACCAUAAGUUUUUCACUGAAUGGCGAAUUACUUAUGGAUGCUCUUGGUGGAGAAACAACUUUUGCUGAUGUACAAGGAGAUAACUUCGUACCUGCAUUCACAUUGGGUGUUGGUCAAAAAGCUAAAUUAAUUUUUGGACAAGAUGUAACACAGUUGAAGUAUUUCACUAUGUGCGGUUUGCAAGAAGGCUAUGAACCAUUCUGUGUUAAUAUGAAACGGGCAGUUACUUAUUGGUACACAAAAGAUCAGCCAAUCUUUGAAAAUACGGACGAUAUACCAGAUUCCAAAAUAGAUGUUACUAGAAUUCUACCUGGUUCUGAUUCGCCACCUUGCUUGAAAAUUAGCCAUAAUACAUUCGAAACAAUGGAAAAGGCAAACUGGGAGUUUUUGAGGUUGAGUUUACCAGUUAUUUGUCAUUCUCAGUUCAUCACAGAAGAAGAAAAAAUGCGUAGAUGGAAUGAAAUAAAAAUUAGGCAACACAGAUUGAAAGUUGAGGCAGACCAGCAAGGUCCACCUGCCCACAUAGAGAAUAUCAUGAGAAGUGGUUUUUCUAUGAGCGAUAUCAAAGGCCUUCACCGUAACUAUUCUGAGGAUGCAGUCGAGUCAGACGAAAUUGUGAAACAACAAUCCAGUAAGUCUACAAGGAAUGUGCCAGCUAGGCCUCCUAGAAAAGGAUCAUUAUCAAGAAAUAUGAACGGCUACGAUGAAAACACACUUGGUGUGAAUAUUGGCAGAGGUGUUCACCGCUCCAGCAGUGAAUUAGAUAUGAACAGGUAUCAUGACAUUGCUCCAUCAAAUCAGGAAAAGUUGGAUGAUAAGAAAAAGAGAGGGAGGUCGCCUUUCAGAUUUUUUUCGAAGAAAAACCGUGAAAAUACCAGCGGCGACAGAAUAAGAAAUAAGAAAACUAAGACUCCUGAACCAGUUCCGAGAAUGACAGGUAUGAGUCCUCAAGCAAGGUCUGUAGGCUUAUCAACUACCAUGUUGCAAAGACAACCUACAGUUAAACAGUCUCAGAAUGAUCUACAACCACAGUCGGUACCCGAUCGUCAACAAAAACAGUUGACGAUUACUCACCCUUCUGGUAUUGAGGCAGUUGGUAAUGAAAUUUAUGAUGCAGAGUGUCUUAAACUCAUCAACGAAUACUUCUAUGGUGUUCGUAUCUUUCCUGGCCAGGACCCAGCACACACUUACGUUGGUUGGGUGACUACACAGUACCAUCUUCACAGCAAAGAUUUCAAUCAAAAUCAAGUACUCAAAACUUCAGUGGUGAUUGUUGAUGACUUCGACAGAGUUAUUGACUGUAUCGACAGACAAUCUUGUUAUAUGGUUAGAUCAGAUGAAUUAUAUAAUCAGGUAACUCAGGAUGCAUCAGGAAAGGGAGCAUCACAAGGAAUGUUUAUAGGUUGUUUCUUGGAUGCUGCUACAGGAAUUAUAACAUUCACAUGUGAUGGUAAACAGACGUCACAUAAGUUCAAGAUGGAGCCUGAAACAAAACUAUUUCCGGCAAUAUUUGUUGAAGCAACAAGUAAGGAGGUCCUACAAUUUGAAUUGGGCAGAACUUCAACAAGUCUGCCAUUAUCUGCUGCUGUUCUACAAAACAGUGCCAGACAUGUUAUUCCUCAGUUUCCUCCAAGGUUGAAAGUCCAAUGUUUAAAACCACACCAGUGGGCAAGGGUUCCCAAUCAGAGUCUUCAAGUGCAUGCUUUGAAGUUAUCUGAUAUCCGAGGUUGGUCUAUGUUAUGCGAGGACCCGAUUUCAAUGCUUGCUCUCCACAUUCCAGAAGAAGAUCGUUGCAUCGAUAUAUUGGAACUAAUUGAAAUGGAUAAAUUGUUGAGCUUUCACGCGCACACUUUAACUUUAUAUGCUGCUCUAUGUUACCAGAGCAAUUACAAAGCAGCCCAUGUACUCUGUAAACAUGUUGACCAGAAGCAACUGCUUUAUGCUAUCAAGUCUGAGUAUAUGAGUGGUCCCCUACGUCAAGGCUUCUAUGAUUUACUGAUUGCUGUCCAUUUGGAAUCCACGGCAACUACAAUGGAAGUAUGCAAGAAUGAGUAUGUUAUACCCAUUGGCCAGGAGCUGAAAGAUAUGUAUGAGGAUCCUGAAAUGGGACAUAGUUUGAGAAGACUCAAAAUGGAGUCUAUACAACCCCAGAUGAAGAUGUCGGAUAUAACGGAAAACAUUGAAAACAUAAAAAAACUCUAUUCACCUCAUUUUCCUCUUGACAUUGUAAGGGAUUAUGUAAUGAUGGCUUUGGCAGAAUCUGUAGAGACUAACCAAGUACAUAACAGAGAUCCAAUUGGUGGAUCCAAUGAAAAUCUUUUUUUACCUCUUCUAAAACUCGUUGAUCGUUUAUUGUUGGUUGGCAUGCUUACAGACGAGGAUGUUGAAAAACUACUUAUAAUGAUUUGCCCUGAAACUUGGGACGUUUUAUUCCAAAAAGACGGCAAAGAUGAACACCGAAAAGGUCUCCUUUCAAUGAAAAUGGCUGAAGGAGCCAAGUUACAAAUGUGUUAUCUUUUACACCAUCUGUGUGACAUCCAAUUGAGACACAGAGUCGAGUCGAUUAUAGCUUUCAGUCAUGAUUUCGUGAGCGAAUUGCAAACAGAUCAGUUGAGACGUUACAUUGAGAUUAAGCAAUCCGACUUGCCUUCUGCGGUAGCAGCUAAAAAGACUAGGGAAUUCAGGUGUCCUCCAAGGGAACAAAUGAAUGCCAUUUUGUGUUUCAAAAACUUAGAGGAAGAAGACAAGGACAACUGUCCAUUAGGUGAAGAUCUUUGUGAGAGAAUGAAUAAUUUUCAUGACAAGCUCAUGAAACAUGUCUCGUUACAAGCUUUGUUAGCACCCCAAGUAGAAGAAAAUCCUGAUGACUUGGUAAAACCUGGACCAAUUAAAAAAUUAUACAACUUGAUAAAUGCUGUGAAAGAGUUAGAAGAAGAGCCCAAAGAAGACCCAGGUCCUGAAAAGAAAACCCCAGAGGAGAACUUCAGGAAAGUUUUGAUUAGUACUAUAGUUAGAUGGGCUGAAGAAACACAAAUCGAGACACCUAAACUGGUUCAAGAAAUGUUUAGUUUGUUGGUGAGACAGUAUGAUUCGGUUGGCGAGCUGAUCAGAGCAUUAGAAAAAACUUACAUCAUCAAUAUCAAGACAAAAGAAGAUGUUGCUGAAAUGUGGGUGGGUUUGAGUCAAAUAAGAGCCUUACUGCCAGUACAAAUGUCUCAGGAAGAAGAAGAAUUAAUGAGAGAAAGACUAUGGAAACUUGUUAACAAUCAUACAUUUUUCCAGCACCCUGAUCUUAUAAGAGUUUUACGUAUCCACGAAAAUGUAAUGGCAGUGAUGAUUAACACUUUGGGAAGACGAUCUCAGGCUCAAUCUGAUGCAAGUACUCAACAGCAAGCCACUGAAGGAGAGGUUGUUAUCAAGGAAAAGGAUACAUCUCAUGAAAUGGUUGUAGCUUGUUGUCGUUUUCUUUGCUAUUUCUGUAGGACUGGCAGACAGAAUCAGAAGGCCAUGUUCGAACAUUUUGACUUUUUACUAGACAAUAGCAAUAUCCUUCUGUCUAGACCUAGCUUGAGAGGGUCAACUCCAUUGGACGUUUCAUACUCGUCUCUCAUGGAGAAUACAGAACUAGCAUUGGCUCUUCGCGAGCAUUAUCUAGAGAAAAUCGCUAUUUACUUGUCUAGGUGUGGUUUACAAUCAAAUUCAGAACUAGUUGAAAAAGGUUACCCGGAUCUUGGAUGGGAUCCAGUUGAAGGAGAAAGAUACUUAGAUUUUCUCAGGUUCUGCGUAUGGGUAAACGGGGAAAGUGUAGAGGAAAAUGCUAAUUUAGUUAUCAGACUUUUGAUUAGACGACCAGAAUGCUUGGGUCCUGCCUUGAGGGGUGAAGGCGAAGGUCUUUUGAAGGCAAUAGUAGAUGCUAAUAAGAUGUCUGAAAGGAUAGCUGAUAGGAGAAAAAUGAUGGAUGAAGCGGAAGGAACCGUUGUUAACUGUGCUCAAUUUACACACCCAUUGCCUGAAAGCGAUGAUGAUGAAGAUUACAUUGAUACAGGAGCUGCAAUCCUUAAUUUUUAUUGUACCUUGGUGGAUCUGCUUGGUAGGUGUGCUCCCGAUUCUUCAGUUAUAGCUCUGGGCAAAAAUGAAUCCUUGAGAGCAAGGGCCAUAUUGAGGUCUUUGGUGCCACUAGAGGAUCUUCAAGGUGUACUGAGUUUAAGAUUUAGCCUUCAUAACCCUGCAGCUGGGGAAGAACGGCCAAAGUCGGACAUGCCAUCUGGCUUAAUACCUGGUCAUAAACAGUCAGUAGUUUUGUUUUUGGAGAGAGUAUAUGGAAUUGAAACUCAAGAGUUGUUCUUUCGGUUAUUGGAGGAAGCUUUUCUUCCCGAUUUGAGAUGUGCUACUAUGCUUGAUAGGAAUGAUGGUAGUGAAUCUGAUAUGGCUCUGAGUAUGAAUCGUUAUAUAGGAAACUCCAUUCUUCCACUGCUCAUUCAACAUAGCAAAUUUUAUAGUGAGGCUGAAAACUAUGCUUCACUAUUGGAUGCAACAUUGCACACAGUUUACCGACUAUCAAAGAAUCGUAUGCUCACUAAAGGACAAAGAGAAGCGGUAUCAGAUUUUUUGGUAGCUUUAACUAGUGCCAUACAACCAUCUAUGCUUCUAAAACUUCUCAGAAAGCUAACCGUUGAUGUUUCCAAUUUAUCUGAAUAUACAACAGUUGCUCUUCGAUUAUUAACUUUGCAUUAUGACAGAUGUGCUAAAUAUUACGGUACCACUAGUGGGCAGGGAAUAUAUGGAUCAUCUAGCGAUGAAGAAAAAAGGUUAACUAUGAUGUUGUUUUCGAAUAUCUUCGAUUCCUUAAGCAAAAUGGAUUACGAACCAGAACUUUUUGGAAAAGCUCUGCCUUGUUUGACAGCAAUUGGAUGUGCUUUACCACCAGACUACUCUCUUUCAAAGAAUUAUGAUGAUGAAUGGUACACCAGUAAAUCUGCAAAGACUGGUCCUGAUGGUCCUUACAACCCUCAACCGAUCAAUACGUCAUCAGUUGUUCUGAACAAUGAUUUGAAUAAUAUAGUUCAGCAGUUUUCUGAACACUAUCACGAUGCUUGGGGUUCUAGGAAAUUGGAGAAUGGUUGGCAGUAUGGAGAGACAUAUUCGGGUUGGGAUGGAAACAAGACCCACCCUAGAUUGAAACCCUAUGCAAUGUUGAAUGAUUAUGAAAAAGAAAGAUAUAAAGAACCGGUGAGAGAAUCCCUGAAAGCUCUUUUAGCCAUAGGCUGGUCUGUUGAGCAUACUGAGGUAGAUUUACCAUCAAACAGUAGAAAUUCAGGUAUGAGGCAAUCUGGGGAACAUAGCUCAGCUUUUAAUUACAACCCCCAUCCUGUGGACAUGACGAACCUCACAUUAUCAAGAGAAAUGCAGAACAUGGCUGAAAGAUUGGCAGAGAAUGCUCAUGAUAUUUGGGCAAGAAAGAAAAAGGAAGAAUUGAAUACUUGUGGAGGCGGAAUACAUCCUCAGCUGGUUCCUUAUGACUUAUUGACCGAUAAAGAGAAGAAAAAAGAUAGAGAAAGAUCACAAGAAUUCUUAAAGUAUCUUCAGUAUCAAGGUUACAAGUUGCACAGGCCUAACCGUGGUGGUCAAUUAGAGACAGAGCAGUCAACUGCUGGUCCAUCAGUGGAACUUCGUUUCGCAUACAGCUUACUGGAAAAACUUAUUCAGUAUUUGGAUAGAGCAACAAUUAAUAUGAAACUCUUGAAACCCUCUCAAACAUUUAGCAGAAGGAGUUCUUAUAAAACAUCAUCACGUGACAUAAAAUUUUUCUCAAAGGUCGUUCUUCCUCUGAUGGAAAAGUAUUUCUCCACUCACAGGAACUAUUUUAUAGCCAUAGCCACAGCUACAAACAAUGUUGGAGCCGCGAGCUUGAAAGAAAAAGAAAUGGUGGCUGCCUUAUUCUGCAAACUAGCAAACCUCUUAAGAUCUCGAUUAGCUGCCUUUGGAGCUGACGUCAGGAUUACAGUCAGAUGUUUGCAGGUUUUAGUAAAAGGAAUUGAUGCCAAGUCUUUAGUGAAAAAUUGCCCAGAGUUCAUCAGAACUUCAAUGUUGACAUUUUUCAAUAAUACCGCCGAUGAUUUAGGUCAUACAAUUAUCAAUUUACAGGAGGGAAAAUACAGUCAUCUGAGAGGCACUCAUCUAAAAACUUCAACAUCGUUAUUCUACGUAAAUGCAGUUAUUUUACCAGUUUUGACUUCCCUUUUUGAUCACUUAGCAAAUUGUGAAUAUGGGAGUGAUCUUUUAUUGGACGAAAUUCAGGUGGCAUCAUACAAAAUCUUACAGUCUUUGUACACUCUGGGAACUGAUCCUACGUUAUCACACGAUAGAAAAUAUUUGAAAACUGAAAUGGAGAAGUAUAAACCAGCUCUGGGGUCUUGUAUGGGAGCUUUUAGUUCCACUUUUCCAGUUGCCUUCUUGGAACCACAUUUAAAUAAGCAUAAUCAGUUCUCCCUGCUGAACAGAAUUGCUGAUCACUCAUUAGAAGCUCAAGACAUAAUGGCAAGGAUGGAAAAUUCUAUGCCAACUCUUGAAGCAAUACUUUCUGAAGUAGAUCAGUUUGUAGAAAGUGAGAAAACGUAUGCGGAUGCUCCCCAAAUUAUCGAUGUUAUCAUGCCUAUGUUAUGUUCAUAUCUUCCAUUUUGGUGGUCACAAGGUCCCGACAAUGUCAGUCCUACUGGAGGAACUCAUGUUUCAAUGGUGACAGCUGAACAUAUGAAUCAGUUGCUUAAGAAUGUUCUCAAACUCAUCAAAAAGAACAUUGGCAAUGAUAGUUCUCCAUGGAUGACAAGAAUAGCAGCCUAUACUCAGCAAAUAAUUAUAAACAGUAGCGAAGAAUUACUAAAAGAUCCCUUCCUUCCAUUAGCAGAGAGAGUGAAAAAAAGAACUGAAAUUAUGUUUCACAAAGAAGAAAGUUUGAGAGGGUUCAUAAAAAGUUCUUCCGAUGACACAUCACAAAUCGAAACUCAAAUUCAAGAGGAUUGGCAUCUCUUAGUGAGAGAUAUAUAUUCAUUCUAUCCUCUUCUUAUUAAAUAUGUUGACUUACAAAGAAACCAUUGGAUGAGGCACAAUGUUGCAGAAGCUGAAGAUUUGUACAAUCAUGUGGCCGAAAUUUUCAACAUUUGGUCGAAAUCCCAAUACUUCCUCAGGGAAGAGCAGAAUUUCAUUGCCGCAAAUGAAAUAGAUAAUAUGAUUUUAAUAAUGCCAACAGCAACACGCAGGUCAGUGGUUCCUGAUGGCAGUCAACCAACAGUUGGAAAGAAAAAAAAGAAGCAUCGUGACAAAAAAAGGAAUAAAGAUAAAGAAAUUCAAGCUUCACUGAUGGUAGCCUGUUUGAAACGCUUGCUUCCUGUUGGUCUAAAUCUUUUUGCAGGACGAGAGCAAGAACUGGUCCAACAUUGCAAAGAUCGAUUUCUUAAGAAAAUGAACGAACAAGAUAUUAUUGUUUUUGCGAAAACCCAACUCACCUUGCCAGAUAAAAUUGACCCCGCUGAUGAAAUGUCCUGGCAGCACUAUCUUUAUAGUCAGUUGGGUAGUAAGAAAAGUGUUUCAGUUACUGCAACAGAUAACAACGGCAAGAACCAACUGGAAGAAACUGUAGAUAGGAUUGUUGCUAUGAGUAAAGUAUUGUACGGGCUUCAUAUGAUCGAUCAUCCACAACAGCAGCAGAAAGGUGUUUACAGAAGUGUUGUUUCAACUCAAAGGAAGCGUGCGGUACUUUCUUGCUUCCGACAAGCUUCUUUGCACAGUUUGCCAAGACAUCGUGCAAUUAAUAUCUUCAUUCGCACAUACCGUGAUUUUUGGCUUCAAGAUGAGAACGUAGGACAAGAAGUAAUGAUAGAAGACCUCACGCAAAGUUUUGAAGAUUCUGAACUGACAAAAAAAGAUGCAGAGGAGGAGGAAGGGAAGCCUGAUCCUUUAACACAAUUAGUUACAACUUUCUGCCGAGGAGCUAUGACCGAGAGGUCAGGAGCUUUACAGGAGGAUCCACUUUAUAUGAGCUAUGCUGAAAUCAUUGCAAAAUCAUGUGGAGAAGAAGAAGAAGAUGGUGAAGAAGAAGAGGGUGGCGGAGAGGGCGAAGAAGGCGCUUCUUCUAUUCAUGAACAAGAAAUGGAAAAACAGAAGCUUCUUUUCAACCAAGCCCGACUUGCUAACAGAGGAGUGGCAGAGAUGGUUCUUCUUCACAUAUCUGCAUGCAAAGGCGUUCCUUCAGAGAUGGUAAUGAAAACAUUACAGUUGGGUAUUUCUGUUCUGCGAGGCGGUAAUUUUGAGAUACAGAUGGGAAUGUUAAACCAUCUGAAGGAAAAGAAAGAUGUAGGAUUUUUCACCAGUAUUGCAGGUCUCAUGAAUAGCUGUGGAGUUUUAGAUUUGGAUGCAUUUGAGAGGAACACAAAAGCUGAAGGCCUUGGUGUUGGUUCUGAAGGAGCUGCUGGUGAGAAGAAUAUGCAUGACGCAGAAUUUACUUGUGCUUUGUUUAGGUUCAUUCAAUUGACCUGUGAAGGCCACAACUUAGAAUGGCAAAAUUAUUUGAGAACUCAAGCCGGAAACACGACUACAGUAAAUGUGGUAAUAUGCACUGUAGAUUACCUGUUGAGACUUCAAGAGUCCAUCAUGGACUUUUACUGGCAUUACUCCAGCAAAGAACUGAUAGAUCCAGCUGGUAAAGCCAAUUUUUUCAAAGCAAUAGAGGUCGCCAGUCAGGUAUUCAAUACACUCACAGAAGUUAUUCAGGGACCGUGUACUCUCAACCAGCAAGCAUUAGCCCAUUCCAGAUUGUGGGAUGCGGUAGGAGGUUUCCUUUUUUUGUUCUCUCACAUGCAAGAAAAACUUUCCAAACAUUCUAGCCAAGUGGAUUUGCUCAAAGAAUUGCUGAAUUUGCAAAAAGACAUGAUUACUAUGAUGCUCUCAAUGCUGGAGGGUAAUGUAGUCAAUGGUACUAUUGGUAAACAAAUGGUUGACACUUUGGUUGAGAGUGCUAGCAAUGUUGAACUAAUCUUGAAGUACUUUGACAUGUUUUUGAAAUUGAAAGAUCUUACUUCUUCGGCAUCUUUCCAAGAAAUUGAUUUAAAUAGUGAUGGAUGGGUGUAUCCAAAAGAUUUUAAGGACAAAAUGGAACAGCAAAAGAGUUACACUCCAGAAGAAAUAGAAUUUUUGUUGGCCUGUUGUGAAACUAACCAUGAUGGUAAAUUGGAUUACAUUGGCUUCAUUGAUAGAUUCCAUGAGCCAGCUAAAGAAAUUGGUUUCAACUUGGCGGUACUCCUUACAAAUUUGUCAGAGCAUAUGCCAAAUGAACCAAGACUUGCUAGGUUUUUGGAAACUGCUGGUUCUGUUCUCAACUAUUUUGAACCAUUUUUGGGGCGUAUAGAAAUUUUGGGUGGUAGCAAACGGAUUGAAAGAGUUUACUUUGAAAUAAAAGAAUCCAACAUUGAACAAUGGGAAAAACCACAAAUUAAGGAAUCAAAACGAGCAUUCUUCUACUCUAUUGUGACUGAAGGAGGUGACAAGGAGAAAUUGGAGGCUUUCAUCAAUUUCUGUGAAGAUGCCAUCUUUGAAAUGCAGCAUGCAAGUGGAUUGAUGGCUGUUGAAGAGUCUGGUGGUGGUGGACCAACAAGAGCAACUAGUUACAGUUACAUGACUGAUGAAGAAGAAGAUCGAGCUUCCAAAAACCAAUUCCAGAGAAUAUACAAAUCGAUAAAAGGUGGAAUAUAUUAUGGGUUAUCUUGUUUGAGCCCUUCUAAUAUCAAACACAAGAUAUCAGAGAUGCAGCAGAUGACUUUUACGGAGUUGUUUGUUGGCUUCUUCAAACUGAUUUUCUUUGCAUUCUACUAUUCAGGCUUCGGCAUGGUUAUUGUGGUAAGGUAUAUUUUGGGUAUUCUUAUGUCAUUGAUGAGAGGUCCAGUAAUUGAGGAACCAGUCAUACAAGUCGUUCAAGAAGAGAAAGUGGGUCCCAUGAGGGUACUGCCUUCAUUACCAUCGACAGAGGAACAGAAUACUCAGAUGCAAGCAUUUGGUCUUGAUAUUACUAAAGAGGAUAAUGGGCAGUACAAAAUGGCAGCACAUGAGUCACCACAAGGAAGUCAACCAUCAUCUGGUGAUGGUGAAACCACUCCUGAAGAAACUGGGGAGCAUGCUGAUGCUGAAACCCCUGAACAACCAUUAUCUUUGUCUGAUUUGCUUGGGGGAGAACAAGCCAAGAGAGCUCAGCAAGAGAAAGUGGAAGCUCAAGCAGCUCAGCAAGCCGCGAUGCAGGCCAUUGAAUCUGAAAGCAAACAGGUUCACACUACAGAGCCGUCUGCUGUUUCUCAAAUCAAUUUUGCUGCAUAUGGUCACAGAGCUGUUUCAUUCCUUGCAAGAAACUUUUACAAUCUAAAAUAUGUAGCAUUGGUGUUGGCAUUCUGUAUAAACUUCAUGUUGCUCUUCUACAAGGUUUCUAGUUUAAAUGAAGAUAUAGGUGGGAGCGGCAGUAAAGGAAUCCCAGAUAUACUCGAAGGUUCAGGGGCUGAUGAUGGAAGUGGGUCGGGUUCAGGAGAUUCUGGCGAAGAAGACGAUUCACCGGAACUUGUACAUGUUGAUGAAGAUUUCUAUUAUAUGGCACACGUUAUGAGAUUAGCUGCGAUGUUGCAUUCUAUAGUGUCAUUGGCAAUGCUCAUAGCCUAUUAUCACUUGAAGGUGCCUUUAGCUAUAUUCAAGAGAGAGAAAGAAAUUGCUAGAAGGUUGGAGUUUGAAGGCUUAUAUAUUGCUGAACAGCCUGAGGAUGAUGAUUUGAAAUCGCACUGGGAUAAAUUAGUUAUUUCGGCAAAGUCCUUCCCGGUCAAUUACUGGGACAAGUUCGUUAAGAAAAAAGUCAGGCAGAAGUAUAGUGAAACAUAUGAUUUUGAAUCAAUUAGUAAUCUUCUGGGAAUGGAAAAGACAUCUUUCCAACAGCAAGAUUCUGAAGAAAAAAAGAGUAUAAUUUCAUUGAUCAUCAAUAUCGACUGGCGUUACCAAAUCUGGAAAUCUGGAGUAACGAUAACAGAUAACUCUUUUCUGUACUCUCUGUGGUACUUCACUUUCUCAAUUCUAGGCAACUUCAACAAUUUCUUUUUUGCUGCUCAUCUCCUUGACGUUGCUGUUGGUUUUAAAACUCUGCGUACCAUCUUACAAUCCGUAACCCACAAUGGAAAACAGCUGGUUCUCACUGUGAUGCUCUUAACGAUCAUUGUGUAUAUCUACACAGUAAUCGCUUUUAACUUCUUCAGGAAAUUUUAUGUACAAGAAGAGGACGAAGCUGUUGACCGAAAGUGUCAUGAUAUGUUAACGUGCUUCGUGUUCCAUCUCUAUAAAGGUGUCAGGGCUGGCGGUGGUAUAGGUGAUGAAAUUGAACCGCCAGAUGGCGAUGAUUAUGAAGUGUAUCGAAUUAUGUUUGACAUAACAUUCUUCUUCUUUGUAAUUGUUAUAUUACUGGCUAUAAUCCAAGGUUUGAUCAUUGACGCUUUUGGUGAGCUUCGUGACCAGCUGGAGAGCGUAAAAGAAGAUAUGGAGUCCAACUGUUUUAUUUGUGGUAUAGGAAAAGACUACUUUGAUAAA